AUGCGAAUUGUUUGGAACGCAACAGUAUUCCAGCAAGAUGAAGAGCCCACUCGUAAUGGCACUCGCUCUGAUAUUGGUUCUGUGCUCGCUGAAAUUUCCGGAGAAAGAGCAGAAACAUUCCUCCCGUCACAGAAGAUCGCGAGCACCGUCGCCAAGGGGCAGGUCGAGGACUCGGGCUUCACGCUAACCAUCGAAUACACAUCUGCGCUCCCCUCGAGCCUCCUGAUCGAUACAAGAUUGCCACCGUCUGGCUUUGGCCUUAGCAACGUUCCAAGUAGCACGAGCUCGAGCUUCGCGCUACCUACCAGUCUACCCAUGAUUGCUGUCAUCGUACUGCCAGCCGCCAUGGUAUUGCCGCAGCUGGAUCGAUGA